UGCAUUUCAUAUUCUCUAGCUCCCAGGAGAGGAUGAGGCAGUUUAUGACUCUUGAAGUUGGAACUGUUAUUUUAAUGCACAGUUUUCUCCCAAAGUAGAAGUCAUGAGUGUUGAACAAUCCCCAAAUACCUGAAGGCUGGUAGAACAAAGUGAUCCUUGAAUAUGUUUUCUACCUACUACUCUAGUUGCAGAGAACUUUGCCUAUUGAGUCUUUGUAGAUGACUUCCAGCAAUUUCUAACUUAGAAAGCCAAUAAACUUCUGCCUGCGUAGUGAAAGUGUGAUAACUGCUCCCAUCGUUAGGGUCAAAAGUCUUGCAUCUUUAACUAAAUUAUCUCUGUUCACUGCUUGCCUUGGAGGUUCUGAUGUUUCUAGGACAGACGAGAUGCUUGUAGGGAAUAAUUCCUCUUUGAUGCUUUGGGUGGCUCUUACAAGAUCUUAAGAUGAGAAGCUCUAACUUGCCUAAAAGAUGGGGUUCAUUUACUGCCAGUUUGGUAGGAGGGCCAAACGAGGAAGGGAUUGAGUGUAAACUUGCUGAACCAUUUGAUUUGGGGGUUGUGGACUUCCACUCUGUCAUUCCUUGGUAAUGUAAAGCCUGGAAAAGCAGCACAGUGCCUGGAAGUGAGACAGCUGUGGCCUUGUACAAAACUUGCUCUCACUUUUGUAAUUUUCCAUGUGCUUUUGGUAGGAUGCUGGAACAGAAAUAGCUCCCUGGGGUUGUCAUCGCUUCUUGGUUUUUCAUGACCAGUAUUGACCUUCAUUCCCAGAGUUCAUGCAGUAUCUCUGUGAAUGGCUUUAGAACCUUCUGGGAAUUUAAAUAUGUCAGCCAGCCAGCAACUGGCCCAUAUCAAAAUGUGAGUGUACAGUGAGGUAUUAAAAACUCUGCAUUCAUCACCCCGGCAUGUGAUGUAACUGCUGUAUCUUCCUCUAUUUAGAAUAGGAGACAUUUUAUGGUUCUGAAGUUAUGGCAGAGUGGCAAAUGUUUUUGUUUUGUUUUUUUUAUGGCACCCACUGUGCUAUGCAACCACAGUCUCUGUUCAGAAAAACUGCAUUCCUCUGGAGGCCGGUUGGUUUUGUGGCAGUAAAUCUAAAAAUUGUGUAAUGUGUCAGGAUGAAAAGAUGGAUCCCUUACAUGUCUCAACUUUCUGGCUUUUUUGCCUCUCUUAUGACCAUCCUUUUCACCUAAAUCAGAGACCAUCAAAGGACCAUAGAACGGCAGUGUUCCAGCUUUCUCCAGUACUCAAAUUUACAGGCCAUGCUGCACAGUGAAGAGCACAAAGAACCUUCCACCACUCCUUAGAAUAGUCCACCAGCCCUGACAACUUCAUGCUGCAGGAGACAGCCUGAUGCCCUCAGCACAUCUUGCCAUGGACGGAGGGAAGAACUUUCCACAGCAUGAACACCAGCAGUCAGGCAGUACAUUAUACAGUAUACCGAACCUCCAGACGCAGCUCAGCGUACCUGCCAUGGAGAACUCGAUGCUGGCUCCUGAUUGGUGGAAUUCCUUCUAUUCACCUGCCCCUUUCUCAACUCCAUCUUUCUCCAGUGAAAACCAGCAAUAUUUUAAUACCACUUCCGAUUUUUACAUGAAUUCCAUCAGCAGACCACCUUUCACAGAGACGAACUAUGCAUCUGUGGGCUUUGCUGACUUCUUACCAAAAAAUGGUGAUUUUCCUCAGGAUUCUUCAUACCUCGAUGAGCUCUCCAACAAUUCCCUCUUCUCAUCCCCCGCGGACUCCCUCUCCGACAUUGCUGAUGCUCAGGACUUCCUGCCCGCCGACAGCCUGAACCAUGUGCCAACAUUAUGGGAUAUAAACCCAUCGCAACAGAACCAAAUAGAGCUGUUCUCUCCCAGCAGACCGUUCACAGGCUUAGAAAGUUUGGAAGACCAUCCCCCAAACACCCCACUCCUCAUAAGCUAUCAGUCACAGACUCCAGUGGAGGAGGAUGACGAAGGUGAUGAGGAAGAAACGGAGGAGUUGGGGCACACGGAGACCUACGCAGAUUAUGUACCUUCAAAGUCUAAGAUUGGGAAGCAGCACCCGGAUCGCGUGGUUGAAACAAGCACUCUCUCCAGCGUUCCCCCGCCUGACAUUACCUAUACCCUGUCCCUUCCGAGCUCAAUUGCUGACGAUGGGUUACUCUCUGCACUACAGCUGGAGGCCAUUGUUUAUGCCUGCCAGCAACAUGAAGUUUUACUACCCAACGGGCAGCGAGCUGGGUUCCUCAUUGGGGAUGGUGCUGGGGUUGGAAAGGGCAGGACAGUUGCCGGGAUCAUCUUUGAAAAUUAUCUGAAGGGGAGGAAGAAAUCUCUGUGGUUCAGCGUCUCCAAUGAUCUCAAGUAUGAUGCUGAAAGAGACCUGAAGGACAUUGAUGCCCCCAACAUUCCUGUGCAUGCUUUAAACAAGAUUAAAUAUGGUGACACAGCUACCUCAGAAGGAGUCCUAUUUGCCACUUAUUCUGCUCUGAUUGGUGAAAGCCAGGCAGGCGGACAGCACAGGACACGAUUAAAGCAGAUUUUGGACUGGUGCAGGGAGAACUUCGACGGAGUUAUUGUGUUUGAUGAAUGCCACAAAGCCAAAAAUGCCAGCUCCACUAAAAUGGGCAAAGCAGUGUUGGACCUUCAGAACAAACUGCCUCGAGCUAGGGUUGUCUAUGCCAGUGCCACAGGUGCCUCUGAGCCAAAAAACAUGAUCUACAUGAGCCGGCUAGGGAUCUGGGGGGAGGGAACCCCCUUCAGAGCAUUUGAUGAAUUCCUCCAUGCAAUUGAAAAGAGGGGUGUUGGUGCAAUGGAAAUCGUGGCUAUGGACAUGAAAGUGAGCGGAAUGUACAUUGCCAGGCAGCUCAGUUUCUCUGGAGUCACUUUCAAGAUCGAGGAAAUCCCACUGCAUCGGCAGUACGAGCUUGUCUACAACAAAGCAGCGCAGCUGUGGGCAGAGGCGAUGGUGGUGUUCCAGCAAGCGGCAGAUUAUAUUGGCUUGGAGUCUCGAAAGUCCUUGUGGGGUCAGUUCUGGUCAGCUCAUCAGCGCUUCUUCAAAUAUCUCUGCAUUGCUGCUAAAGUCCGACGCCUCGUUGAGCUUGCCAAGGAGGAGCUGGCGAAGGACAAGUGUAUUGUCAUCGGGCUGCAAUCCACUGGCGAAGCUCGCACCAGGGAGGUCUUGGACGAGAAUGACGGGCACCUAAACUGUUUUGUCUCCGCUGCAGAAGGCGUCUUUCUAUCACUAAUUCAGAAGCACUUUCCUUCAACCAAAAGAAAGAGAGAAAAAGGAACUGGCAUUAAAAGAAAACGGAAGCAGAAAGGCCGCUGUGUGAAGGCCCUGAAAGGCAUGUACGACAUGGCGGGCGUGAUCAAGAUCAGCGACGACAGCAGCACUGAUUCGGAGGUGGGGCUGGACAGCGACUUCAACUCCUCCCCAGAGUCCCUGUUCGACAACGACGACGUCAUCUUUGUUGAACACACCUACAAUGGCUUUGCAUCCGAAGACAGAGGCAUUUUGCACUUGCCCGGGUCCCAGAACAAUGUGCAUGGCCCAGGAGUGCUAGAACACGUGGAGAAAAUGAAACAGGACCUCCUAUCAAAAGUAAAAGCACUGGGAAAAGAGCUACCUCUCAAUACCUUGGAUGAGCUGAUUGAUCACUUUGGGGGCCCGGAGUACGUGGCAGAGAUGACUGGCCGGAAAGGCCGGGUGGUGCGCAGACCUGACGGCUCCAUCAUGUAUGAGUCCCGGGCUGAGCAGGGCCUCUCCAUAGACCACGUUAACCUGAAGGAGAAGGAACGUUUUAUGAGUGGGGAAAAGCUCGUAGCAAUAAUCUCCGAGGCCUCCAGCUCAGGGAUCUCUCUCCAAGCAGACAGGCGGGUGAGGAACCAAAAGCGCCGGGUCCACAUGACACUGGAACUGCCCUGGAGUGCAGACCGAGCCAUACAGCAGUUUGGUCGAACACACCGAUCGAACCAGGUCUCUGCUCCGGAGUACGUCUUCCUUAUCUCUGAGCUGGCUGGGGAGAGGAGGUUCGCGUCCAUCGUCGCGAAACGCUUGGAGAGCCUUGGUGCCUUAACUCACGGAGAUAGAAGAGCCACUGAAUCCAGAGACCUCAGCAAGUACAACUUUGAGAAUAAGUACGGGACCAGAGCGCUAGACAGGGUCCUCACCACCAUCCUCAACCAGACUAAGAGCAAAGUGCCUCUGCCCAAGUAUUACCAGGAACGAGAGGCUGAAUUUUUUCAAGAAAUGAAACAAGGUCUCAUUUCGGUCGGGAUCUGCUGCAAGGAGAUGAAAUACGGCUACGUAUCAGUGGAGAAGGACUGCUCCAUAACCAAAUUCCUGAACCGCAUCCUGGGCCUGGAGGUGCACAAGCAGAACAUGCUGUUCCAGUACUUCACUGAUACCUUCGACCACCUGAUUGAGAAGGACAAGAAGGAGGGCAAAUACGACAUGGGCAUCUUAGACUUAGCCCCCGGCGUGGAUGAGAUUUACGAGGAGAGCAAGGAGGUUUUCCUGACCCCGGGGCACCCCCAGGACGGGCAGGUGGUGUUCUAUGAGAUCAGCGUCGACAGAGGCCUGAAGUGGGAGGAGGCCUACGAGAAAUCGCUCAAACUGACAGGCACCUACGACGGCUUCUAUCUCUCCCACAAGACGCGAGGCUGUAAAUACACCUGCCUGCUGGCAGAGCAGGGCCGCGGGAAGAACUUCAUCCUCUACAAGCCCAACAUCGGCAAGCAGAGCCAGCCCGAAAGCCUCGAAAGCCUCUUUAAGAAGUACCGCCAGGUGCCGCCUGAGGAAGCCAAGGAACACUGGGAGAGCAGCUACCUCUUCUCCUUCACGAAGUGUAACCACGCCGUCUGGAACAGAACCUGCAAACUAAUCCAAGAGGGAAAGGAGUGUUUCCAGGGCAUGCGCCUGCGCCGUUACUACAUGCUGUGCGGCGCGCUGCUGCGGGUCUGGAGCAAGAUCGCCAGCAUCAUGUCGGACAUCACCAACACCAGCUACCUGCAGAUCGUCCGCCUCAAGACCAAGGAGAAGAAAAAGCAAGUUGGGAUAAAGAUCCCCGAGAGCUGCGUCCAUAGGGUGCGAGAGGAGCUGAAGCAGAUGGACGAGAAUGUGAAGCAGAAGCAUAACCACCAGGCCCUUCUGGCCCAGGACCGGAGCCUGCCGUACUCCAUGCCACAGCAUGUCCUGCAGCAGCCCCAUGACCUCUGCCAGCCUGUGGCUGGGCUCCCCCUGCCCAGACACUCCCUGCACCAGGACGGGAUCCUGGACUUGACCUACAGCCCUCCCAGCGACAGCCUCUCCAACCUGGCCUUGAAGCCCAACCCCCUGGGCACUUUACACUUCCAACCGGAGCCUGUUCUCCAGCCACACCAGCAGCACCGGAUGCCCUUGCAUUUCAGUCUCCCUCCUGUCUUUGAGAGCCCGGCCCCAGCUCUGGCGGGGAGCAUGCCCCUCAACCUGCCCCCACACGAUCACGUGUCUCUCCCCCAUCCUGACCACCUGCAGACACUGCCACAGCAGCAGCUGCCACCGGAAGACUUAGCCCAGCAGCAGAACAUCAAUUUCAAGGAGGUGCUGGAAGACAUGCUGAGGACGCUGUAUGUGGCCCCUCAGGACAGCGCGCUCUCCCAGGAACGCCAGAGCGUCAUCCAGUUCAGCAGGCCCUUUGAACACUUCUGAGGGGCCAGCUGAGGGCCAGGAUGGGGCUCAGCCACAGGCGCCGUGCCCCUCCCUAGCCUCCCGCCUGCCUGCCUUUGGCAGGAGUGCUGGUGCGGAGGGAGCCCUGCCUCUUGUAUUGCUUUGCAAUGACCCACGUGUCUCAGUUCGGGGCAGGGGCAUCGCGUAUUCCUUACAGCAAAGUUUAUUUAUAUAUAAUAUACAGCCACACAUGUA